CCCCUUUUUUUGGACGAUUAAUAAAUUUGAAAGGGGCAUAUAGUUGGAACGCCCCCUUUUUAUCCUUGGUUGGGACACACCCUCCCCCCUUUUUUUAAAUGGCUGGAUCCGCCCCUGGCUGUUUUGUAUAUUGGUUUCUAUACUGUUAUUGCAUUGCAAUUUUUAACAGCUCAAUGUCAGUUGCGAAAUCUACAGGUGCCGGGUUUUAAUUAUUUUGAGACCCAUUGGUGCAUGGCCUUUGUCUUUUUUCUGCUCUUUAGUCGGGUUGUUUUCUCUAUGACACAUUCCCCGGCCGUUUCCAUUCUCAAUUUUAUUUAAUGAAAAGCCUGAAUAUUCGAUGCAAUUGAACAAAUUAUCCAUUUUAAAUAACACAUCGAAGGAAAAUUUGGCCAAUAAAUCAAUAUACGUUUAGUUUUGAUUCUACUAUGCAUCAAGUAAAACUCUAUUAAUUUUGAAUAAAGAGUUUGACGACGAAGAAAACUUUUACCUACUUUUAUAUUAUACAAUAACAAAUGAGUUGCACUUGUAUAUUUUAAACAUAAAUACACUUGCUUACAUUUGGAACAGUCUAAUAUAACAGUCCCAGAGUACAUGCGUUUUAUAAUCGAUUGACAUUGGCAUUGAACAAAACAAAACAAUUCAGCAUAUCCUAUUAUACUUAUCCAUGUUGAGAAAAAUAAAAUAAUGUCGAAGGUAUAUUUAUUGACUUUGCUUUAAACUUAUCUCACGUGUCAUUUCUAUGUAUACGUAUGUAAUAUUUAACAUGCUAAUUAUGCAUGAGUUACGUCAGGUCAAAUUGCAUAGUUAUCUGUCUUAACCAGAUAGAUUUUCUAGAAAUCAAAUGUAGUUUACCGGAAAUCAGACUCCUUUUAUAAAAAUGAGCUUCUGUUUUUGUAAAGUUAGUUUGUAUUACAGAAAGUUAAUUUUCUGUAUGUUUAUUGACUGAAAAUUCUAAACGAUAAACUCCUUCCUAUCAAUGUGAUCACAAAUAUAUUUAUCAACGUUUAUACAAAUAUUUCCCCACAUGUGCGGUGCAUGUACACACAACAACACGAUUAAAAUGUCCUCACGACCCAUACGACCUGUUGAACGACAGCGAAUGAGACCAUGGCUCGAGAACCUCCUGAACAAUAGAUCUGUUGAGGGUCUAAAAUGGACCGACCAGAAAAUGAAAAUAUUUGAAAUUCCAUGGAGACAUGGAUCUAGACAUGGCUGGAAUCAAACUAAGGAUGCAGACUUGUUUGAGAGAUGGGCUAAACACACAGGACGAUUUGAAAAAGGAAAGCCGAAUCCAAAGAAAUGGAAGGCAAAUUUUCGAUGUGCAUUGCAUAGUUUGACGGACGUCAAAGAAGUCACCCCCAGGAAAACUGACAGAGAAAGUAAAUGUACCAGAGUGUACCAGUUUGGUGAUGAUACAAAACAGAAAGAGCGUGAGGGACGCCGGCCAUACAGACGACGGAAAUUGUCAUCAGAAUCCGACAUAUCAUCUCAGUGUAAUGCAGAUAGUAGUAUAACAUCCUCGCCAUCAAGCACGACGAAAUACACGAGCGAUGACGAUGUGUCCUCUUCAUCUCCUGAAUACUGCAUUACCAAGAUUACAAGAGAUUCAAAGAAACGAAAAAUGGAUGAAGAUCUUACUAAACAUUCCAGUUAUAAGAAGUACACGUGUAUUGAGAAAAGUGAUGUAAAAUCAAAUGAAUUAAAAUACAGUCCUGACCACCAAACAUUCCAAGAACCAACCAAAGACCAAAUCUCACCACUCCCAGAUUCUACAUCUCAACUAGAUUUUAACAUUCUUCUGGAUGGCAUAAAAAAGGAACGUAUAGACACUGAAGUUACAGAAAUCACUCUGCCGUUCAAACCAACACUUGGAGAUAACUUUGAGAUAGAAAUAGACCGAGGAGUUUUUCUCAACCAUAUGAGUGGGUUUAUAAUGAUUCAAACUUCAGGGUGUAUAAAUGGAUUUACUGAACCAAGUGCAAUAGAUUCAGAUUCCAAAACUUUUACCAGCAACUUUUCAAGUGAUUUGAAGGAGGUGCUCCCUUCUGGUAACGGCGCAUUCCUCAACGAAUCCAGUGGUGAUGAUUGUUCAGUCCUAGGUUCCACAUGCAGUUCACCAGAAUACACCUAUUUGUGAUACCACAAAUCAAAAGGAAAAAAAAUACAGCAAUAGAGAACUAAAUCAAAAUUAAUUGGUUAAAACAUGUUAUAUCAUGGUGUGGAAGAAUAUUUGGAACAAGUUAAAGAGGAAGAUAAUUUUGUUUAUAUGAUUAUAUGAAGAGUGGUUGACACCACUAUGAUUUAUCAUUAAAACAGAAAGGGAACUAAUUUGUUAAUGUGUUCAUGAACAAAAGGACCAGCAUGGAUUGUUAUUCAAUAGACGUGAACCAAGGAUUUGAAAAUAAUUUGUUAAAUGUUAUCAAGAGUGAAUGAUGAAAAGUGAAAAAAGUCAGUAAGAUGUUUUUAUAAAGAGGAAGAUAAGUACAAGAUGUAAACAAGAGUGAAGGUAAUAUUUCUGUUGGAUGUAUGCAAUAGUUGAUAAUAAGUUAGAUGUGAACAAUUGCGGAUGAUAAUUAGUUACAUGUGAACAAGAGUGGAUUAUUUGUUAUAUUUGAACAAGGGUGUAUGCUGAUUUGUUAGAUGUGAACAAGAGUGGAUUAUUUGUUAUAUUUGAACAAGGGUGUAUGCUGAUUUGUUAGAUGUGAACAAGAGUGGAUAAUGUGUUAGAUAUGAACAAGUGUGAAUGUCGAUUUGUUGAUGUUAACAAAAUUAGAAGAUAAUUUAUAGCUCAGAUGUGAACAAGAAUGGACGAUGAGUUGUUAAAUGUGAUCUGGAGUGGAUAAUUUGUUAGAUCUGAAAAAGUGUGAAUGAUUUAUAGUUAGAUAUGAACAAGAAUGGACAUGGUUUGUUAGACGUGAUGAGCAGUUGAUUGGCACAAGACAAAGUGUAUGUGAAACCUGAUGUUUCAGUCCUCAAUCUUCAGUGAUCUCUUUUUAUGUUUAUCUGUGAUAUUUAAUUAGAAUGCUAUUGUACAGGAAAGAUAAAGUAUUCAAAAACAUCAUACCUAACAUAUGUGGCAAGCUAUUACCCCCAAGAAUCUCCUAAACUGGUCAGACUUGGUUGAGAAGUACACUAAAUACAUUUAUAUCAUAAAGUUAAAGAAAUCUGAUAUUUUAAUUCAAUUAAAAUUUAACAUUAUUAUGAAGAAUAAAAAAUGUGUAAGUUAAUUUAAGGUUAAACAAACUAUUUGCAUACAUUUGUGUAGGUCAUGCACUAAAAUUGAACAACACUUGAAACCUUUACGUUGGAAAGUAAUUAUUUGUUGUAGAAAAAGAUGAAAAUGUUCUUGAAAGAGAAUGUAGGUUUAAACAAGGGAAAGGGCUUUAUGAAAACUUGGAGGUUUCAGUUGAACUGGCAUAUUUGUCGAUCUUGUAUUAGUUUUUGGAAAUUUAAAUAUAAAGAUCAAAUUUAAAAUAAAUAUAAUUUUUUUUAUGAAAAUCACAAAGUUCCUGCAAACCUAUUAAACCUUUGACAAGCUAGAUGUGGACAACCAGAUUCAGAUGACCUUUGACACCCACAGAUUGGGCAGAAAUUUAAAGGAAUUCAAAUUUAAUAUUUGUCAGGAUACAAGUUUACAGUUAAAUUAUGUUCUUAUUUCUUUAUUGAAACCAGGUUUAUGUGGGAUUUAUUAGAAACUUUAAUAAUGUUAAAAUAUUUAAGUACCUGUGAAAAAUUUGAUUAGUCAUUUCCAAAUCAAUAAGUACUGGUACACUACUUUAUUGUAAAUUUGAGAUUUAGAUAAGAAUUUUCUUGUAUAUUUCUUUUCUUUGAUUUCAACAAAGGAUAUCUAUGAGAUAAAAUUUUGUUUAGGGAAUUUUUCCUGAAUUAUUUCGAACUGCAAAAUAUUUUUAAUUUCUAUUCAUCCACAUUCGUCUCUUGUGAAUACACAUCUCGUUUCUAUUCCCGACUUUAAACUUGAUUAUGCAUGUAAAUUUAAAUUUGAAAGAUGUGAUUACAUGUUGGUUUCCAAUAUAUAAUAUAAAGAAGCUUUAACCUUAUGUGCAUAAAUACAAUUAGUUUUGGCCAAGACUUUUGUCUCGAGUAUUACUUGGAUAGCUUACUCCUCAAUCCACAUGUCAGGUGUUAAUGUAUUAAUGGUGGAUUUCAUCCUUCCAGCAGCAAUUAUCUAUUGUUAUGAUCUGUUAACUAUUUGUUCAUUAAAUUUUGUUUUUUC